AUGGCUACUGCAACCGACCUCGAAAUUCUCAUUGAAUCCAUUGGCGCUGAAAACGUUUUCGUCCGAGGCUUUGGCUUCUACGAAAAUGAAGUUGUCCAAUAUGCAACCACAUCCUACCCUGCAAACCGCACCUCUCCAGCAGUCAUCGUCAAGCCCAAGAACAGAGAGGACAUUGCUGCUACUCUAGACUAUGCCAAAAAGCAGGGAGUUGCUGUUGCGAUCAGAACCGGAGGACAUCAGUACAGCGGAGCUUCUUCUGCUACAGCUCCAAACAUUCAGUUGGAUUUGUCGGAGACUUUCCAAGGUCCUGAUGACCGAACACUUCUCCGAAAGCAAGGACUGCUUAGAACUAGUGUCAGUUGGUCAUUGAAGGAGUUCUCGGCAUAUAUGUUCAAGAACAAGAUUUUUGUUCCUCAUGGACAGUGUAUUGCUGUGCAUCUUGGUGGGCAUGUUCAGACUGGAGGUUAUGGACAACUCGGUCGUAGCUUUGGUCUACUUGGUGAUCACGUCACUGAGAUUGAAAUUGUUGACCACGAAGGCGUGCCAAAAGCCAUCUCCAAACACAACGACCCAGCUUUGUUCAAAGCAAUUCUUGGAGGAAGUCCAGGAAACUUUUGCGUUGUUACCCACUUCACGACCAAAAUCUAUCGUGAUGAAGAUUAUGACGGGUCGACAGGAAUGAAGUGCAUGUAUGUCUACUCCAAGGAAACAUUGAAUCGCCUACUCGACUUUGUUGUCAAGAUGUCCGACGAAAAAGAGAAGCCCGUACCACGCAACUACGAUCUUUGUGUCAGUGUUGUCAGCUCUGGCAACAAUUUCUUAGCCCACUUCCCCUCCAAAGGAUCUCAACUUCGUGACAUCUAUCAUGGCGACAAAAAUCUUCCAAAUAUUGACGAGGAUUUGCCAAAGUGGCCACGUCUGAUCUUUGCCUGGGCUCAGUGGGUCAAGCUCAGUCCUACAGACCAAUAUGAUCCAGCUUGGUUCAAUGAACUGAAGCAGGACGCUCUUCCAAUCAGCAUCAACUUGGCAUUGAAGCCAACACCGAUGUCUCAAAUGACUAGCAAAUGGUGGAUUCUCGACUCAGUUCGAGAAUAUCCUAUGCCUUAUGUCAAAUCAACCCGCGUGAGCGACAAGAAGAACCUUGCCGAAACGGGCUGGGCCAAAUGGCUCACCGAGAGAAUCGAAGAAGUCGUUCAACCGAAAGACAAUGGUCUCUUCAUCUGCGCCCAAAUCCAACCCUUCGGUGGCGUCGAGUCCAUGACCAGAAAAAACGCAAACAAUGGCACUUCUUACAGCUGGAGAGAAUCUACUGUGUGCGCUACACUCGAUUGUUUCCAUCUACCCGAGAAAGACAAGAAAGCCGCCGCUCUUGCAUGGCGCGAAAAGAACGAGACGGAAGUGUUUGGACCACAAGGGAAUUUCAGCAGCAAGGAUAUGCGUGUUCUUUGGGGUUCUUUUGGGGAGUAUGAUUUCUCUCAGGUUUGGUACGCUUAUCACGAGAAUGAGGAGAAGUAUAAGUUCUUGCGCGAUCAAAGGGCAAAGCAUGAUCCUCAAGGAGUGUUCACUGCGAAUACCUUUUGCGUCCCAGCUGCUGGCAAAUAG